UGAAGCGUUACUACUUCCGGCGGAAGUGCCGGAUGCAGCUUAAGACUGCCGGUUGGCAUCGCUAGCUAAACUUUCACUUUAGUGUAAAUCUCUUUCAUCAUGGCGACGUUUUUUGGUGAAGUAUUGUCAGUUUACUCUCGGGCUGUGGAGGAAGACGACGAUGACAUUGAGGAAGACGAAGAAGAUGAACAAAUACGCCGCGAACUUGAGGAAAAGAGGGAGGUUCAGCUGCAGUGGGGCCCCGAAAUCUCCCAGUCGCUAAGUUCUGGCAAUAAGCUGCAGUGUUCAGAGUUCAUCAUCGGCGUGGGACACAAUGCUUCCAGCUUCCUGUCGGCGUACGUUCUCGCCUCGGCGGGCUGGGCGGCGGUUGGACGGGCGACGGCGUGGAACGAGAGGAGCCGAGCUGUUACUGGGCAAAGCGGCGAGGACUCAGCAUGUGUUUUCCACCGACACAAGGACACGCCAUCAGUCCUGAUAUGCACGGUGACCGGUCACAUCGCUGAAGACCAGCAGUUCCAGUGGACGCAAAAGGUGCUGGACAGCCUGCAGCAGCGGCAGCUGACGGUGACCGUGCUGGCCGACGGCUCGGUGGCCGACUACAAGACGGCCGACUACCUGAGCGGCGGCGCGGCGCCCUUCCUGCGCUGCCUGCGCUCGGGCGCCUUCAGCCCGCAGCCCGCCUGCCCCCCCCUGGAGCAGCCCAACAUCCUCACGGGGCUCCCGGCUGCAGUCCUGAACCACUGCCAGGUCCACCGCAUCGCUGCUGUUGUUUACCAGUGCUACAGUGAUGUCAUCGGCCCAGACUCUGUCACCAUGGAGACCUAUAAGCCUGCUUUGUCCAAACUAGCCAAGUCCAUCCAGCUGGACACGUCCCUGAAGACGGAUGUCCUUCGCAAGUUGGUCCGAACCACCGAAAUUCAGAGUAAUCUGUAUAUCUGAAUCCUCUGUGCAGUUACCCUGAUUUUUGUUCAAAUAUCGUCUUUUUUUUUUUAUGAAUAAAGAUGUUUAAUAACAUG